AUGGCGGAGGAGGAGCAUACUGGUUUCAGGAUUUACAAUUCGAUGACUCAGCAGAAAGAGAUUUUCAAAACCAAAAUCCCUGGCAAGGUUUCCAUGUACGUUUGCGGAGUCACUGCGUACGACUUCAGCCAUCUCGGUCACGCUCGCGCCGCCGUUUCCUUCGAUAUCCUCUACAGGUACCUUAGACACUUGGGCUAUGAGGUAACAUAUGUGCGGAAUUUCACUGAUGUUGAUGACAAGAUAAUUAAGCGAGCAAAUGAGACCGGGGAGGAUCCAUUGAUGUUGAGUAACCGUUUUUGUGACGAAUAUAAUGCUGAUAUGGCUGAUCUUCAGUGUGAGUCACCAUCUAAGGAACCUCGAGUUUCUGAACACCUUGGCGAGAUAAAGGAGAUGAUAGUUCAGAUUAUCAACAAUGGUUAUGCAUAUGAAGUUGAUGGUGAUGUUUUCUAUGCUGUUGAUAAAUGCCCAAAUUACGGCAUGCUGUCUGGACAAAAGUUAGAACAUAAUAGAGCUGGCGAACGAGUAGCCGUGGACUCAAGAAAGCGUCACCCAGCUGAUUUUGCUUUGUGGAAGGCUGCUAAGCCCGGUGAGCCUAGCUGGGACAGCCCUUGGGGUCCUGGAAGACCUGGGUGGCACAUUGAAUGCAGUGCAAUGAGUGCUUGUUAUUUAACUCAUAAAUUUGAUAUCCAUGGUGGUGGAAUUGAUUUAAUAUUUCCUCAUCAUGAAAAUGAGAUUGCACAGAGCUGGGCUGCGGACAAUGAGAGCCAUGUCAGUUAUUGGAUGCAUAAUGGGCAUGUCACAAAUAACAAUGAAAAGAUGUCAAAAUCCUUAGGCAACUUUUUCACUAUUCGCCAGAUCACUGAGCGUUAUCAUCCGCUUGCUUUGAGACAUUUUUUGAUUAGUGCCCAUUACAGAUCUCCACUAAAUUACUCUAUCUCACAGCUGGAGAAUUCGUCAGAUGCUAUUUACUAUAUAUUUCAGACUCUUCAAGAUUGUAAAGAUGCUUUGUCACCAUUUCUUCAAGACGGAUCAGAGAAGAAUGAAAAGGUACCUCAAAUUAAUGAGGCUGCCAAGGAAUGUAUUAAGAAGUUGAGUGUUGAGUUUCAAACAAAAAUGUCAGAUGACUUGCAGACGCCAGUGAUACUAACUGGUGCCGUCCAAGAGGCCUUGAAAUUUGUGAACAGUUCAUUGAAGAUGUUGAAGAAGAAAAUGCAGAAAAGAGCACAAUUGCAAUUGAUUCAAUCCUUGCUGGAAGUUGAGAAAGAAGUUGGAAAAGUUUUGGACGUACUAGGGUUAUUGUCCUCUAAAUCUUACGCGGAGGUUCUGCAGCAGUUGAAAGAUAAGGCAUUGAAAAGAGCAGGGCUGGCAGAAGGUGAAUUGCUACAUUUGAUAGAAGAAAGAACUCAAGCUAGGAUUAGUAAGGAUUUCCACAAAAGUGAUAAGAUUAGGACUGAUUUGACUGCAAAGGGCAUUGCACUUAUGGAUGUGGGCAACGAAAUAAUUUGGAGACCAUGCAUCCCGAGUGAACCUGUUGGAGAAGUUGUUCAGAGAGACCAGAGGGCACCUACACUUGAAGAAAAGCAGUCCACCCCUCCGGUGAAUCAAAAAGUGGAAGAAAAACCAGGGGAUGGAGAAGGGAAUGGCCCUCGUACAACAUGA